AUGAAGUCUUUUAUCGCACCUGUGUCCCUUAUCUCCCUGGCUCUGGCCAACAUGGGCGACGCCGCUAUUGUCCGCCGCGAAGCCGAAAUCUGUGAUCAGUACGGCACCACCAAGGCUGGCGACUACACCAUCUUCAACAACCUCUGGAAUCUAGCCAAAGACCCCAACGCCAAGCAGUGCACCGGUGUGGACUCGAGCCAGGGCAACACCGUCACCUGGCACACCAAGUUUUCGUGGGGUGGUGAGGCGAAGAACGAAGUCAAGAGCUUCGCUAAUGCCGGGCUGAACUUCACCCCUAAGGUUCUGAGCACUGUUACCAGUAUCAAGUCCGCCUGGGAAUGGGACUACUCUACCACCGACAUCAUCGCUGAUGUUGCGUACGACUUGUUCCUCAGUUCUACUCCUGACGGUAGUGAGGAGUACGAAAUCAUGGUUUGGCUUGCGGCAAUGGGUGGUGCAGGCCCGAUCUCGACCACUGGCCAACCUAUCGCGACGGUCACUAUCGGUGGCUCUGAGUGGGAUGUGUCGGUCGGUCCUAACGGUCAGAUGACUGUUUACAGCUUCGUCGCCAAGUCCACCGUUAAGAGCUACUCCGGUGACCUGUUGGACUUCUUCAAGUACCUUGUCAAGGACCAGGGUCUGGAUAACAGCAAGUACUUGAAGACUGUACAGGCUGGCACUGAGCCUUUCAUUGGUACUGCCGAUUUCACUACCUCUUCUUACAGUGUUUCUGUUGUUUAA